CGCGUGGGUACGUGCGAUAAAUGAAGCAUUUCCCUGGAGCACGUACGCACGGGCAGGAACACCGGCAAAAAUGGCUUCUCUCAGAGUUGGAAAAUCGGCAAUUUUGAUGGCAAGGAGGUGCUUGAUCCGGCCAAAUAUCAGAACAAUGGCAGCUGGAGGUGGAAUUCCAGAGCACUCAGAGCACGUAACAGGCCUUGAAAAGAAAGAAAUGGAAAUGAUAAAAGCUGGCAAUCCGGAUCCUUUUGAACUGCAAGUGAAGCGGGUGCCAGCCGGCACACAAGAUAAACCGGUCGCUGUUAAGUCUGUCUUUGAGAAGCGAAUUGUCGGAUGCAUUUGUGAAGAAGAACAAACCUUCAUUAACUGGAUGUGGUUACAUGCUGGGGAGGCCCAACGAUGCGACUGUGGCCACUGGUUCCAACUACAGAAGACCGAGAGUAUAUAGCCAAUAGCUGAAUGUCGCCCCCUCUCGCCUUUCUGUGUUGUUUUGUAAAGAGAUUUAAUAGUGUGCAUGAGUGGGGAUAUGAGGUGUAAUACUUGAAUACAAUAGUUGUUGAUAUUUGACUGAUUUGAUUAGCUGUGGACCCCAGAGGGCGCUACACUUGAGAUAAACUCACUUGCAUCGCGAGCUAGCUGCAAAACAAAAAAACACGUUAGGCUGACAGUAAAACUCUUAAAGAGCAAAGCUAAAUGCAACACAAAUGUCACAAUAAUGUUGAAUUUUGUAUUUUCGGAUCCUGCAUAUGUACUUUUUAUACUGGUGGCAAUUUCGGGACACUGCUGCUGUUACUGACACAGAGAAAAUACAACAGUGCAAAAAUUGUUAUAGUUGUGCAACAAAGUUAGCAUACAGUGAAGAAUAAAAAUUGAGCUACUUUCUUGUGUUUUGCAAUAUUGCACAGUUUGCACCCCAUACUUUAUUUCCAUAUGGAAAGCAAAAGUGUGAUGUACAGAGUUCAGUUAUCGGUCAGUGUUAAAUUUUCACGUGUAGCGCCCAACAAGAAAUUGAAGAUAUGGCAAAAUACCAGAUUAGGAUGUGCUCUGAACAGUGUUCUCCCUGUGAUUGGUGUAAUGUAUAACACAAGCAGAUUUCAAGUUAUAUUAUUGGUGCUCUGAUUUCCAUCUAAAACAAACUGGCAAUCAUUUCAGGCAAACAAAUCACCAUUUCCAGACCAAACAAAUUAGAACAUGAUUAAAUCACAUUAGGUUUUGCCCUUCACCGACGUAUAGAACACGAUUGUUUCUUGGCACGUUCUUUGACCGUAGUACAGUUGCAGUUUCUGUUUGUCCAUCAUUCUGCGGUUAAAUACAACACAGAAAUAAAUGCAGUUUAUCAAAACCUUGUUUAAUAAAAUUCCAAUUAUUUUUAACUGAGACAAUUAGUCACGCGAGAAAAUGAUGUUAAUACUGUUUCAGAAGGUUCACAUUUAGAUUUCUUUACCGUUGUCUAAUCAACCUUAGAAUAACUUUGUGCUAAUAAGUAAAUGUUACUUUCCUGAGCUAUGUUACCAUUUUCUAUAGUGAAUGACGACACUUCAUGUAUGUACGUUCUGUGAUUUACAUUACUGAAUACAUGAUUACCAGUAUAAAGUUGCCCUUUGAGAUAGUGCUGAGUCAGUUCGAAUAAUUGAAUAUUCGGUUAUUUGACCAUCCAUUCGAUCGAAUAUUUGGAUAUUCGGCACAGCAUAUGAGAUGGACACAAUUUCACCGCCAGAGGGCGACAGAUUAACAUACAAUCAUUUAAUACUCAAUAUGGACAUUCUGUAAGAAGUGAGUGGUAGUUGCUUUCUCAUUAAAUUAUACAUGUAUACUGUAAAACUCAUGUUAAGCACUUUCAAUAUUCAUUUUUGUCUUUGUGAUCCGUGUUGAAAAUCCGUAUAAUUCAUAUACCAUACUUGCAUCUAGUUAAUCAAAUUUAGUUCAUGAAAUCUGAUGAAAACUUCACUCCAUCCAUUUCUUGUUUUCCAGCGUGAAAUAUUAAAUUGGUGUUUUGUGUACAUUGAAUAGUUACUCCCUUUUUAAUCACUAUUAUAUAGAUAUUUGGUCCAUGCAACAUAGCAGUGUGAACGUGUGUGCAAAUAUACUUACGUUGUGAUUUAAAGAUGUGGAAUACUCUAAUUACAAUUAAAAGUAUGAAUUACAA